GAUUCUCCGGGAUAAUUUAAAAAACAGGCCAUGUGUGAUUUUAUUAACAUUGAUAAGAUUUUGUGGAUCUCAACUCUUAUAUCCUGUGAUCAAUAGAGAAUAUCGCUAAAAUGGCAGGUAUGGUUGAUCACCUGAGUACACAGGAUGACACAGGACUGCGAGAAGCAUGUGGGGUAUUUGGUUGUGUGGCGCAGGGGAACUGGCCUACCCAGCUAGACAUAGCACAUACCAUAUACUUAGGACUAGUGGGGCUACAGCACAGGGGACAGGAGAGUGCAGGCAUUGUGACCAGUGUGGGUACCAAUGACUGUAGAUACAGUAUAAAGAAGGGCAUGGGGCUGGUCAGCAAUGUAUUCUCAGAGGAAGAUCUCCAUAAACUCAAAGGCAACAUAGGAAUCGGUCACACCCGCUAUUCCACUCAGGGAGAAUCUGACACCAUUAAUGUUCAGCCGUUUGUUGUGGAAACCAUACAUGGAUUGAUAGCUGUGGCUCACAAUGGAGAACUAGUUAAUGCCAAGAAACUAAAACAAAAGUUACUGAAGCAUGGGGUGGGACUCUCCACGGGAACAGACAGUGAGUUGAUAACACAACUUCUGACACAUACCCCAGAGUGUGGGGAACCUAACGGAGCCAACUGGAUUGGAAGAAUCAAGAAAAUAAUGGAGGAGACUGUAAUAUCAUAUUCCCUGGUUAUCAUGCAUGAUGAUAAAAUAUAUGCAGUCAGAGAUCCAUUUGGGAACCGCCCCCUCUGCCUGGGGAAGCUAUUGUCUGUGGGAUCCAUUAAAGACAAUUCCAAGAAAGAUGAGAUGAUAGAUGGCUGGAUUGUAUCUUCUGAAUCUUGUUCCUUCAACAGCAUAGGGGCCAAAUACUUCAGAGAAGUUCUACCAGGAGAGGUGGUAGAACUGAGUAAGACAGGAAUAAAAUCAGUGUACAUGGCACCCAGACCAAACAAUAAGCCGCCCGCCACCUGUAUCUUUGAAUAUGUCUACUUUGCUAGACCAGACAGUGUCAUGGAAGGACAGAUGGUGUACAGUGUCCGUCAGCGCUGUGGUAGACGACUGGCCAAGGAGGCCCCGGUGGAGGUUGACUUGGUCAGUACUGUCCCUGACUCUGCCACUCCAGCGGCCCUGGCAUAUGCUGCUCAGCUUGGAAUUCCUUAUGGGGAGGUAUUUUGCAAGAAUCGUUACGUUGGGAGAACAUUCAUCCAACCCAACAUGAGGCUGAGGAAGAUGGGGGUCACUAAAAAGUUUGGUCCACUGAGUGAGAACAUUAGGGGGAGGAGGAUAGUCCUGGUGGAUGACUCAAUCGUGCGGGGGGUAACAAUGAUCCCCAUCGUCAAUCUACUGAGGACAGAAGGAGCCAAAGAGGUACACAUUAGAAUCGCCUCUCCUCCCAUUAAGUAUCCGUGCUAUAUGGGGAUCAACAUCCCAACCAAACAGGAACUGAUUGCCAACAAAAUUGAGAAGGAAAAAUUUGCAGAGUACUUUGGUGCGGACAGUCUACAAUAUCUGACCGUGGAGGGACUUCAGCAGGCAGUGGUGGAGGGGAUCAAAGGGGACGGGCUGGAAAACACAGGGCACUGUGUGGCCUGUCUCACUGGGGAUUACCCUACUAAUCUAGAGUGGUGAGGCAAGGAUCCAAGAUUUUGUGGGAAAGGAUUGCAGAAUCAACUGGAAAUAAUAUGUCUGUGAUUUUGAAAUUUUUAUUAUGUAUCUGACUUACUCAAGAAAACAUAUCUUAUGUGCUGCUCAAAGUUAUUUUGAUUAUACUCACAAAUAUUAGUGCCAACUAAAUAUUGUACAUUUGAAAUGCAUUAAAAUUUUGCAGGAUUUUCAAUAUCUUCAACUGGCAUACAUUGGUGCUAACAGACUAAAUCUAAAUUAACAAUUUUAUAAAGUGUUCAGCUGACUGUGUUAAUAUGUUAAAUGUGCCAUCAAAGAGACUAUAAUUACAUGUACGUUUGUAUUGUUGGACUAAAACAAAACUGUUCCAUUUGAUUUUUUAAAGUUUAAAGUUCAUGCUGUCAUUUAUUGUAUGUAAUUAGAUGUUUACAUGUUUAUACAAUUGCCUUUUUUACUGUUUAUGAGUUGAAUUGAAUUUUGUACAGAGAAUUUUUCUUUUGUCUUGGAGGAAUGUGGAUCUCAUUUUAUUUCAAACAAUUCAAUGUUGUA